UGAGCCUGUAGGGUGAGCAGCGCCAGGCUGAGGAAACAUGCAUGGAAAUAGACUGCAGAUGGGAGAGAUAAACAGGAUCCCCAGGCUGUGACUGAGUAGGCAGGCCUCUUUAAUGGCUCUUAGCAACGCCCCUGCUUUGACCCUCCUCAUAUGCAAGGAAAAUCAAAUCAAUACACUGUUCUUCAAACCACGAUGCUGCAGCAGCAGCAGGGCAUUGUGGCAGCCUUCGUCUCCUAAAUUCAUCAGCGCUUCUCACUUUGCCGAUCUCUGGAUACCCAUCCCUGCAUCUCUGCUGAGGAAGACCCUGACUGCAUCUUUGAUCGGAUUGAUUGAGCUCCCAUGUACAGCCGCCUUCUUAUUAGCAAGUCUUAGAGAUGGCAAACAGGGGACCAAGCUAUGGCUUAAGCCGAGAAGUUCAGGAAAAGAUUGAACAGAAAUAUGACCCGGAGUUAGAGUCGAGGCUGGUGAACUGGAUUAUUGUACAGUGUGGAGAACAGAUAGAGCACCCUCCUCCUGGCAGGCAACAUUUUCAGACCUGGUUGAUGGAUGGAACGCUGUUAUGCAAGCUAAUAAACAGUUUACAUCCAAAGGGAAACGAGCCCAUUGCAAAGAUCUCUGAGUCAAAAAUGGCUUUUAAGCAGAUGGAACAAAUUUCUCAGUUCUUAAAAGCUGCUGAAAUCUACGGAGUCAGAACAACAGAUAUUUUCCAGACAGUGGAUUUAUGGGAAGGGAAGGACAUGGCAGCAGUGCAGAGAACCUUAAUGGCUCUAGGCAGUUUGGCAGUCACCAAGGAUGACGGCUGCUACAAAGGAGAUCCGUCCUGGUUUCACAGGAAAGCACAGCAGAAUCGACGAGGAUUUUCAGAGGAGCAGCUUCGUCAGGGACAGAACGUUAUAGGCCUUCAGAUGGGCAGCAACAAAGGAGCAUCGCAGUCGGGUAUGACAGGCUAUGGGAUGCCAAGGCAGAUUAUCUGAAGCAUCUCUGUAGAGAAAACGCUCCUUCUGCAGCAUGGUCUGUUUAAAAAACAAGAAAAAGAGGAAAAAAAAAAAAAAAGCUCAUUAUUUCCCUUUCUGCCUGGUUUUUAAUAGUUAGUGCUCUCUGAGGUUUGGGGUAUUUUGGGUUUGGUUCGUUUCAUUUGCAGCUGCAAGAGUUCACCUAGGGGCUCUGGUUUCUUGUGGUGGUGUGUGUCAGUUCCCAGCACGUGCGCACUGCUGCCUCUCCUCCUUUUCACUUCUGAACUAUGCAAAGAGAAUUAUUCUGUGUUUAAUUUAUUUGCGAAGCGUUCUCUUCCGUAUUUGUCUCACACUGCACUUGUAUUUCAACCGGUAACCUCGUUCUUCGAUUCGGUGAUGGUAUUGUUUGACCUAAGAAUAAAGAUGAAUUAAAGACA